CGUGUGUGACGCGAGUGUGCGCGAGCGACUCUCAAAAUUUAACAAUAACAGUUUUUUUGAGGCUUCGAGCCUCGCGUUUGUCAUUUCCAUUGAAUUCGACGGCUUAAGCGGUGUGUGCGAUUCUAUUAAAAUUCUGAACGGUUCUCGAGUUGACAUUUGAUGUCGAAUACUGUCUGAGCGCGGAGGUGGGAAAUUCACAGCAGGGUUGGAGGUUUUUUUUAUUGAAAGUGUGGAAGAAUAUUCUAUCGAUCAAAGCAGCAGAUAGUGUACAAAAUUGCCGAGUGAAUCAAUGUGGAUACACCUUGUGGCUCUCGAGAAAAGGCCGGGCAUCGCUCUGUAAUUGUGGGAAAGAUUUAUGCCAUAUGCGAAGUGUAGACCUAGCGGAUCUUCGCCAGUUUGUUCGGCUAUUAGAGUGAAGAUCCUCUGUGGAAAACAGCGAUAUUCAUUGUUCUCGGUAGUCGCCGCCAUCAAGCCAAAAACAAUAAGCCGCUUUCAAAGUUGGAGCUAGUUUCACCGGGAGUUCGACAGUAGUGCACGGCGGGAAAAUGAAAAAUAUACGAGCCGAUAGCAAAGUCGUAGUUUGAUAGUGAAUUUUCUGACAUAAAAUAGUGUACCAACCAACCACAGACCAGUAGCGGCGAUAGUACAGCCCAUCAGCCACCGCAGCAAAAACAGAAAACACCACCUAGCAGGCAAAAUCGUACACUAUCAUCAGGUGUGAUACGAUGCGUGAAAUUUAGGCAUUUUCACCGCCGUCCAACCGAACGUCGUCGAUUGGCAGCCAGCGAGCAGAGAGCGGCUACCGGGUUUUCAUCGGACACGAAGUCAAAGAAAAGUUGUUAAUGUUGCUGCAAUUGUUGAAGUGAGUUUGAUAAAUCUUGCAUCGAAAGAAAAAGGAAAAUAUAUAUUUGCUUUUUUGCUAUCAAAGUGCCAUUGUGUGUUUGUUCCGAUAUCUUCGCCUGGUGCUGUGUGAAAAUAGCAACCGAAGUAAAAUACCAAAUUAGACAGCGCUGUGUGCUGUGUGUGAAGUGAUGUGAGUAAGGUUCCAUUGGUUUCACCUGAGCCGUAGCAAAGGGGAUCAUGCGACACUAGUUGCCCAGUGGAAAGUGAACCCAGUGCUUCCCUCGACGAUUCACGUGUAACAAAAGUUGCAUGAAGCGAGACGAGGAACGUGCUCGUAAGAUGUGGAGAGAUAUCGGAGUGGCUGCAAUGCAGCAACAGCAGCAGCAGCACGGUCCAAACUCUCUGCACCAUCAUCAUCCACACUACAAUGGCAAUGGAGCGGGCACGGGGCCGGCUAACAAUUCGCAUUGGAACCAGCCUGGCUACCGGAACUCGUACAGCUUGCCUCACCCGAGCCAGCAAAGCCCCGCCCACCACCAGAACGGUGCUAGUCGCUAUCAGCCGCACUACGAAAUCAAACCCCUAUCGCAAUCACCUUCGUUUCAAGAGAUUUCAAGUGGGAACUAUAACGGAAGCUCGCCGUACCCCAUCAAGCCGCGACCCAUGUCGAUGUACGAGAUCGGAAAUGGGUCACCUGGCCAGCAGCAGUUGCAUUCGCUGCCGCCCAAUUUCGUGCCACAUCAGAACAGAUCCAAUGGACGACCCUCGACGGCGGGUCCUCCUCCGUUCUCCAGACAACAGCAGCAACAAGCGUCGCAGCAGCAACAGAACGUGAAUAGUUUGCGUCAACAACCGGAAGAGUUGAAAGUCGACCCGGAACUAAUUUUCACCAAACAGGAACGAAUCGGCAAGGGAUCUUUCGGUGAAGUAUUCAAAGGCGUUGACAAUAGGACACAGCAGGUUGUAGCAAUCAAAAUAAUUGACUUAGAGGAAGCAGAAGAUGAAAUCGAAGACAUACAGCAGGAAAUUAUGGUGCUAUCACAGUGUGACUCCCCCUUUGUCACGAAAUACUUUGGAUCAUAUCUUAAGGGUACAAAGCUAUGGAUUAUCAUGGAAUACCUCGGCGGUGGGUCAGCCUUGGACCUGAUGAAGGCUGGCCUGUUCGAGGAAAUGCACAUUGCCAUCAUCCUGCGGGAAGUCCUGAAAGGUCUAGACUACUUGCACUCGGAGCGAAAGCUGCACCGUGAUAUCAAAGCGGCCAACGUACUUCUAAGCGAGCUCGGCGACGUAAAGCUGGCCGAUUUCGGCGUGGCAGGGCAGCUCACUAAUACCACCUCGAAGCGAAAUACUUUCGUAGGUACGCCUUUCUGGAUGGCACCGGAGGUCAUCAAACAGUCCAUGUACGACAGCAAAGCAGACAUCUGGUCCCUGGGGAUAACUGCAAUCGAACUAGCCAAAGGGGAACCGCCCAACUCGGAACUGCACCCGAUGAGGGUGCUGUUUCUAAUUCCGAAAAAUAAUCCCCCGCAGCUGACUGGUAGCUAUACCAAGCCAUUCAAAGAUUUUGUUGAAGCGUGCCUAAAUAAAGACCCUGAAAACAGACCAACGGCAAAGGAACUGUUGAAAUUUCCUUUCAUUAAAAAGGCGAAAAAGAACGCAUACCUGAUCGAUUUGAUAGAUCGGUACAAGAAGUGGAAAUCGCAGAAAGGUGAAGAAAGCGAAACGGAGUCAGAGAAUUCAGAUUCUGAGGAAUCCAAACCGGACAGUGAUCUGGAUGAACCAUGGAUCAUGACAGUCAAGGGGAUGCACUUCAACAAUUUCAACAAAAGCAACGCUAUGGAGGAACAGCUAGGAUCACCAGUCAAGCACAACGGAACCAGCAAUAAUAUGAUGAGCAUGGGUAACGCGAGAGAUCGAGAUCGGGAUUAUAAUCUCAAUCAGCAGAAAUCAAGUCAGACACGAACGCCAACGUCGCCAUCACAUCAGUCGCAGACCAGUUCGUCGGCACUGAUUUCUUCCAACAGCAAUUCCAACAGUAACAGCCGAAAGCAACAGCAACAGCAGACGAGUUCGUCAGACCGGGAGCCUGUGUCCCCCCAAAAGGAGAUCAGUCACUAUCCGAACGAACGGGCUAGCCUGGAGCGGCAGAGGGACAGCGAAAAGGAACGGGAACGGGACCGAAUAGAGCAGCGUGAACGGGAACGAGAACGAGAACGAGAGAGGGAACGAGAACGGGAGAAGGAAUCGGAACGUGAGAAUAAGGAAAGGAGAGGAUCAAAGGAGGUUUCCAACCAUCGAGGUGACGGCGAGGAGAAGGUCAGCAGUUUGCGACGAGAACGAGAACGUGAAACCAGUCACAGUAACGGUAAUCCCAGAAGUAACAGUAUUACGAAUGUAAACAACAACUCCAAGAGUCGAACGAACAGCGGUUGUUUGAAGUCGAUAAUAUUCCCCUUACUUUCAGAGAUGCAGCGAAGUUAUUCCAGCUCGAGUAACGUCGAGAUUAGCGACCUGCGGCUAGCGUUUGAAAAGGCCGAGCUGACAUGCCCCGGGGUGAACGAUCUGUUUGUAAAGGAAAUUAUUCACAAACUCGUACCCGGAUUCUCCGAAACCCGGAUCAAUACGCUUAUAGACAAAGUAACGCGAGAAUCCAAAGUGAAGCGAUAAAUUAUGCAUUCGAACGGUGUUUGGUAAAAAGUAUGAACUGUUGUUAUUGCGCCCCUUCCCAUUUCACUUCACCUCUCGAAUCUAAAGAAAAAAGGGAAAUUCGAAAAUUACGAAAAAAAAACUUCAAUCAGCUGAGCUGAGCUCAUUCGAUAGACAUCUUGUAAACAAGUGUACCACCAAGCAAUAGCGGUAACAAAUCAAUUCAUGUUAGAGGGCAUAACAAACGAGGACAGAGAAUGCUGAUAAUGUAUAUAUUUUGUUUGAAAAUGUUUGAAGAUAUUUAUUUUCCAACUUCUUCGACUGUUAGCUAUGAUUAAUAUAUUAGUUUCUGUAUUAUUACUGCCUUCUAUCUUUCGGUUACAACAUUCUAAGGAGAAAUCGCUUCUUAGUACACCACGCAGUCAAAAGUUUAAAAUCAACUGAUAGCACUGAAAACUGAGGACAAUAUGUCUUUUUUAUUUUCAAUACAACAGUAGAUAUUAUUGAUACAAAAAUUCAUGAAAUGUUUCAUUAUUGCGAAAACAUGCAAAAAACAAUCUUCGAACACGCUUUCCCUAGCAAAUAAUUCAACUCUUCGUCUUGCUGUAGAAACGACUAAAAAACGAAAACUAUAUUGCUACCUUCUGUAUAUAUUAUGUACAAAAUCUCUGUUUCUAGGUUUUAACUCUUUUCGAAAAUCUGCGAUAGCAUGCAAAUGACGUUCUUCCAUAGCUGUCUAACCGUAAAAUUGAUUUUGUUUUCUUUAACUUUUAAUCAUAUCUGAUUUGCCAAGUAGAGGGAAAAUUAUCAAAGCUAACUACACAGAAAAUUCAAUUGACUCAUCGUUUUACAUUUCUUCCUAUCUAGACGAACUUCCGCUUCAUCGUCAAAGAUGACCGUGCUUUACUAGAACGCGGCCACUGCUUACCUCCUGAGUGUUUUAUAGAUCCAUCUGUUAUCUCUAAAAUUGACGAUCAUUACGCUCUCACAUUUUCAGUACGCUUUGGUUAGUUGAUGUUUUUUUUUUAAUUCUUCAUACGCACGUCACGAGUCAUGUUUUUAUUGUUUAUUGCUUAUACGAGAUUGUUUUCCUGUUUGUUGUAUUACGCUUUGUAUUUUUGUUGAUCAAAAAUGGUUCUCCCAUUGUUUAAUCGUGGAAGAAAGCGAAAUCUCAGUCAAUUUUUGGUUUGACGAGUCACGCGUCCAAGCAGUUUGGCUCGAAUUCCUUUUACCCCGCAUCACGCGAAUUCGACCGUCGAAAAAAAACAAGAUUAAAAAAUGUAGCAGGUGUAGUCUGACCGAAUGGGACAAUUCCAGCGAGUUAGCAAGUAUGUUUAAAUAAUUUUAGCGAAAGUAAAUCGUCGGUAUGUAACUAUGACUGUAAACUAUGUGGUGUAGAGGACACAGUGAACAUUAAGCAUACCUGAACGGAGGGAGCUUUUCGCACACUGAAGUGGAAGGAAGAUAUGUAGUGUUUAACUGAUGCAUAAUACUAAUUUAACUAGGUAUAUUGAAAUAAAAAUUCACAUUUUGAAUACGAAGCAAGCGAUUCCUUUUAAAAUUUGGCAAAACCAAUAAAAUUAUGUAUUCCAGGAAACGUCAAAAACUAACAAUUUCAAGUACUGCUAAUGCAGUCGUAAAUUAAACAAAAAAAAUCAAUAGACUUCAAAAAACCACAGUAGCGCUGGGAUAGAUAUUGCAACAAAUAAUCUAAAACUCUUGUUAACACACACACGUUGUCACAAGUGAAUCAUGUAUAAAGUAAUGUGACAUGCUAACCCUCCGGGAAGCUAUAAAGAGAGAAAUGAAACGAGAAUGUUGUUUCAAGACGUGUUAGUUGGUUUCUAAUCAAAACCGCUCCAAAUAAGUAAAGUAGUUCCCCGAGAGCUCAGUAACACAGAUUACUGGGCCGUGCUAAAUAAGAGGGAAGAACAAUAAAAUCA